AUGUUAAUCGAUUAUUUUUUAGUUAUAGGAUUAUAAACAAAAUCAAAUGGUAUACUAUUGCAGUACAUUUAGAAAUAUCGUUAACUAAUAUCCUCAACAAGAAACAAGAGCCAGAAAUGAUCAUCAUGCAUCCCAUGGAUUAGCCUGCUCCAGAUUACAUUGAGAAUAUCAAAAUGGUUCACACUAUUAUCAAUUAUUUAGUGGUGUUUCCCUAAUGGAGUGCAAUAUUACAACCAAGAUUUAAAAAGAAUAGAUCUGGACAACAAAUCAGAAUAAACAAUAACCGAAGACAUUCGAAGUUAAGAUCAAUUGAAUCACUUUGUGCUCACAGAUGAAAAGGGGCAGUAGAAGUUCUGCACAUCCCUACUCUACUAUGUAUUAUCCCUAUCUAAUCUAAGGAAAAAGUGUAUGUGAAGAACAAGCACAAGCAUUAUUAGAAGCUAUCAAAAACAUUCCCUAAAAUAGCAAUCAAGCAAAUCAUCAAGAAUCCCUUGAUUUUGGAUGAAGACACACAAUUGAUAUAUGCUCCUAAAACAAUUACGCUGGUCUCUCAUUCCCCAUCAUUUGAUUUGCAAAGACAAUUUCUUGUUUUCUUCUACAAUAGCUAUAUCAUUGAUCGUGGACUGAAUUCCAUAGGCUUAUGUGAAGAUCAUCUUAAACAGUUUGAGCGAUUAGUGCUCACACAUGGCUUAAAUGGUGCUGAAUAAGAAUGGAAUUAACAGGAAGUAUUACAUCUGAAAUAACUUGAAUAAGAUUAUAUCAUGGAUAAAGACAUCUUAGAAUUUUAUAUUAGCGUUUUAUUCACUCUCAACAAGAAAACCCUAUUAACAGAUGAAGAUUAAAAUCAUGAAAUUAGAAUUACUAAAUGCGAAGUUCAUAAUGAAAUUCUCAGAUUCAGAACCAAUGAUUAAGAAAUCCUAUCUUUGACUAAUUUCACUUUUCGCCCUCUUUUCAGUAGAUUAUCACUUGUCAAUAUUAUGAGAAUAGUAAUGUGUAUCAUCUCAGAAAAAUAAAUGAUCUUUUUCUCCACUAAUAUAAGUAAUCUCUAGUAACAAAAAAAUAGGCGAAAUUCCAUAAAUAACCGAAGGCUUGCUCUCUUUGAUCAAACCGCUUAAAUGGUCUAAUAUUUACAUUCCUUGCUCAAAUAUUGACAUAUGGGAGUAUGCCUAAGCCUUGUAGCCUUAUAUCAUAGGUUUUGAAAAAAAACAUAAAUAAUUUGUAUAGAAUUAAAAUUAUAUAUUUAGUUACUAACAUAGUUAUAAGGAAAAGUAAUUGUUGAUCUUGAUGAAGAUUCAAUUAUUGACAAUAGUCAUACUAUUGAUGAUGUAUUAAAAUAAAUUCAUUCAUUUUUAGUUAAAAAUACCAGAGAAAUGGUUAAUAGAACUUAAAAACAAAUUGAAUUAAAUUACUACUUAAUUAAAAUAUUCACCAAAAUAAAAAAUUUACUAAUGGAUGGAGGCUAUCCUUAAGACCAAGAAAGCGUUUUUUAACUUUAUAUUAUAAAUAGUUCAAAAUGUUCUACCUUUUAUAAAGUCCUUGAAUGAUAGAGAACCCUAAUAAUUUACACAAACUCUAAAAUAAUGUUUUGACUUAUAAGGAUAUAUAAAGAAUCAUCCUGAAUAAGAGUUUAUAUCUGUAAUUGCAAAGAAUACCAUGACUUUCAGCACCUUUAUUGAAUAAGUUGAUGAUUAUUACUCAUUAAGCAAAUAAGUUGAUCCCAUGAUUGUAUCUUACGUAGAAUACAUGAAAGUUUAAGGGUAAAAAAAUGAAUUAGAUUUUCAUAAAUUGAUUAAUUCAUGUUUGGAUAAAGAAAUUGAGAAAAAUCUAAAAAACUUUUCUAAUCCAGCCACCAUUGAUUUAUACCCUUGGAUGAUAAAGUAUCGUAAAUUUCAGGAGCUAUUCAAAGAAAAGCACAGUGAGUAAAUAGAAUAAAAGGAAAAUCAAUAGAUAGUAUUGCAUUUUUAUGAUGAAGAAUCGAGAAUGAAAACUAGAUAAUUGCUGAAUUCUAAAGAAAACAUAUUUUCAAAGUUCAAUCAAAAGAAGAUUAUUAACUUGAAACAAAUUUUUACUCAUUAAAAUGUUUCAAAUCUGGUUUAAAAUUAUAAACUUAUCUCAAACUCUUUAAAAUAGCUAGUAAAAAAACCAUCAGAAAACUUUGAUUUAGAUCCUAUCCUUCAAAAACGCAAAACCUUACUACGUCGUCACUCUACUCUAAUGAAUGAAUAAUUGGAAGGAACCAAGGAAGAUAUCAUGAGGUUAGUAGAAUCACUAUAAAAGCAAGCAUGA